AUGACUGCAGGACACAGCUGCCUGUUGAGCCCAGCACCCAGCCACGGCUUGUUGCUGGAUCAAGCCAUUGACCUCCUUGUGGCCAUCUUCCACAAGUACUCAGGCAAGGAGCCAAAGGAGCUACUCCAGAAAGAGCUCACCACUGGCCAGAAGCUGCAGAAUGUGGACACUGCAAAGGUGAUAAAGGACCUGGACCAGAACAAGGACCAACUGGUAAACUUCCAAGAAUAUGUCACCUUCCUGGGAGCCGUUCUGUUAAUCUACAAUGAUAACCUGAAAAAUCAGGAAGGCAGAGAUACUCUCUGUCAGGCCUAA